AUUUAAGGGUGCCAGGGAGAGAGAGAAAGGUUUCCACAAUUUUUUUGGUACACUUCAGCAGCCAAGUGACUAGGCAACACAGUGAAAGGCUUCCUUAACUCUUAUGUUCAUAUGGGAUGAAAUUAAGGGGCUAAGAAAAUGGCACCAUUAACUGAAAAGUCUGAAUCAAGAGAUAAACAAAAUCCAGAAGUGAAAAAGGCAAUUCCUUCUGCCACAAUGAGCUCUGAACGUGAAGAAGUUGAUGUUGCAAAAACUGUUGUCAAUGGGCUGAGCAGCAAUGGACAAGAAAAAGCUGUUGACGUCCCUUUAUACACACGCUCUAUUUCUGCCGUUACAAUAAUCCCUGUGAAGAAAGUGAAAAGUUCUCCUCACCUAGUGCUGCCUACAGAAACAGAUCCCACUAAAGUCUGCAGUGGAAAAGGAGCUGUGACCCUCUGGGUAUCUUCAACCUCUGAAGAGAAUCAGAAAAUCUCUUCGCCAUGUCCUCAGGAUGCUGAGAAACCUGAAAGUCUGGAGCCAGAAAACACAGAAACAGAUGAUUGGAGAUCAUCACCCAACACUGAUGCCAACGGGGAUGCCCAACCAUCUUCUCUGGCUGCCAAGGGUUAUAGGAGUGUGCGUCCGAACCUUUCCUCGGACAGCAAGCCACAGGCCCUUCCUCCUCCCCGUCCUCCUCUCCCCAAGGAGGAAAGCUUUGCAUGGCGUCCUCGCACUGACACUAAAGCAACCAACCUGCUGCCAGUGCCCAUCAUGGAUUGUGUGUACCUGAAUGCACCCAAGCCUUCUGCUCAGCGUGCAUCACUAAAUGCCAGCGCACGGUCUUACUUCUCAUCACCCACCCCCUAUGGGGCAGUCCCCAGCGGGAAGCAAGGCUUGCCAGCAGGGCAUUUUCCUUCUUCAGGUCCCAGAGAUAUGGUGCAUGUUGGGCAGCCACUCUUGGAAAGUAGCUCCUCAUCAAAUGCAUCAUCCUUACAACGCAACCCUGACAGGGCAGAUCCCAGUAGUAAGGCUGGAAUGAAUUCCAGUCAUGAGACGAAGGCGGAUAAAAAGGUCAGCAAACUAUAUGUAGCUUGUUUAUCUAACAACACUUGCUCAGCCACGUCUGAAAAUUCCACUGGCACCACACAUGACCCAUCAGCCAGCACCAGUUUGGGAGCUGAGGUCACUCAGGCACCAGCCACCGAUAUUGUUUUCUCUGCAACGGGAAAAGCUCUUCCUGCUCCUCCUCCUCCUCCUAUUCCUCCCAGGCCGUACUUUUACAUUGUCCUCAAUAAAGACGCAGUUAGUUCUGAUGCGGGCCAGCCCUCUUGGACACAGUCAUCACCUCCGCAAGCUUUGAGGGACAGAGUGCUAGAGCCCCAGAGCACAGCUGCCACAGAGGACAGAAUGAGAAAAGAGCCUUAUGUUACCCAGCAGCGGCAGCCGCCGUACAAGGCAGUGGGACGCAGCAUGGAUGUCACUGCCACCACAACUCAGCCUGGGGUUAUAGUAGUCCCCCUUGUCCAGAUUAAUCCAGACAGACAACAAGAAGGCAGCUCCAGCACUCCUCCACCGCCUCUGGUUCCUUUUGGGCAAGGCUCCGUAUUCCCUGAGACUCUUCCUCCUGGCACACCCUUGACUUUUCCGACUCUAGAUGAUUUCAUUCCCCCACAUCUCCAGAGGGGUUCCCACCAUAACCAAGCACCCUCUGCGUCUGGCACAUCACCCUCUGUUUACCCGAAACUUCCAUUCUUCUCAACACCACCUUCACUUGUACCUCCGGUUACGGGGGCUUUGCACAGGGGCUUGAAGCCUGAAAUCACUGGAGUCAUCUCACGUACAGACCCAGGUCCUGCACUAAAUGACGUGACCCAGCCUAGCAGUGGCACUGACUAUCCAACUUCCUUCACAUCAAUCAACAAGUCAUCUUCUGCCUAUCCCUCUACCACAAUCGUCAAUCCCACUAUUGUCCUCUUGCAGCACAAUCGAGAACAGCAAAAAAGGCUUAGUAGCCUGGCAGAUUCUGUGCCAGACAGAAUAAUUUCAGAUAAAGUAGAUUUGGCACUCACACAAGUCAAGCCAGUCCAGGAGCCAGUGCUGAGUGAGAGGAGAGUUUUGGAGGAGAAGAGAAUUGUCAAGAGCCCUCAGCAUAUGGUUGAUACUUCUGUUGAUGAUAUUGGCAUUCCACUGAGGAACACAGACAGAUCGAAGGACUGGUACAAGACAAUGUUCAAACAGAUACACAAGCUAAACAGAGACACUCCUGAAGAAAAUCCUUAUUGCCCUACCUACAUAUUUCCUGAACUUCCUGAAAUCCAGCAAAAACCUGAAGAAGACAAUCCUUAUUCUCCUACAUACCAGUUUCCUGCGUCUACUCCUAGCCCUAUCUCUGAAGAUGAAGAUUCUGAUUCAUACUCUCCUCGUUAUUCCUAUUGUGAGGACACCAGAAGCCAGCCUUCAGUUCCUCGCUCCAAGAGUGAGAUGGACCAUAUUGACUCAGAGAAGGUGUUUAAGAGGUCUGCCACUUUGCCCCUACCAAACCGUACUUCAUUGCUGAAAUCCAGCCCUGAAAGGACGGACUGGGAGCCUCCAGACAAGAAGGUGGACACUAGAAAAUACCGUGCAGAGCCCAGGAGCAUUUAUGACUAUCAGCCAGGAAAGUCCUCAGUUCUGAACAGUGAAAAAAUGACUCGGGAUAUAAGCCCAGAAGAGAUAGAUUUAAAGAAUGAACCUUGGUAUAAAUUCUUUUCGGAAUUGGAGUUUGGGAAACCGCCUCCAAAAAAGAUUUGGGAUUAUACUCCUGGAGAUUGCUCUAUCCUUACUAGAGAGGAUAGAAAGACUGAUCUAGAAAAAGACCUCUACCUCUACCAGACUGAGUUAGAGGCAGAUUUAGAAAAAAUGGAGAAGCUUUAUAAAGCGCCACAUAAAAAGCCACAGAAGAAUACAGCAGGUGUUACUCCUCUGGAAACUUCCACAGACCAUUCUUCCUUCUCCACAUAUUCACCCAACUACCACGCAGCGAAGAGGGAUUCAGAACCAGCACUGGGGGACCUUGCUGGCUUGGAGAAUGAGAGACAGAUUUACAAGAGUGUGCUGGAAGGUGGAGAUAUCCCGUUCCAGGGGCUGAGUGGUCUCAAGCGUCCUUCUAGCUCUGCUUCCACAAAAGUGGAUCGUAAAGGUGGGAAUGCUCAUAUGACUGCACCCUCUUCAGUUAAUAGCCGAACCUUUAACGCUAGUCAUACCGGUAUGUUAGGUCACGCAUGUAAACAUAAGAAGCCCUUAUCAGCUGCAAAAGCCUGCAUUACUGAAAUCCUCCCUUCUAAAUUCAAACCCAAGCUAGCAGCUCCAGCUGCUCUUGGGCAGGACAAGAAGGGUAUCUUGCUGUCUCAUGAGAAAGCUCAAAGCUGUGAAAACCUUCGUAGCUCCGUUGCGUUGUUUGAUAAUAAAAAGUCUUUUAUGGUAGACAUAGGGGAAAGCAUAGAAAACAUGUUGAUGAAGUCAAAGCAGGAAUAUGUCAUCAAGUCUGGCAGUACCAUGAGCCUACAGGAGUAUGGCACCAACUCUAGAAAAGGCUGCCUAUUCCCUGCCUCCAGGAAGAGCGGAAUGGAGUUUACAAUGCUGUAUAAAGACAUGCACCAGAUCAACCGGUCCAGGAUCCAGUUGGGCACAGUCUCUUCCUGCAGUGUGAGGGACAUUGCAUCUCAAUUUGAGAACGAAGCAAAGGACAGGAUGGAACACAGCCUUAGUCGAGAGGAUUCAGAGCAGAUCCCCAAAGACACUGUUUCCUCCCGUAUCAGUGCCUUUGAACAGCUGAUCCAGAGAUCCCGAUCGAUGCCCGCACUUGACUUUUCCACUGGACAAAGCAAAUUCACUACUUCUCUCCAGUCUCAAGCUUGUCUAGGUUCUGCCUACUCCGCAGAGAUUCUUCUGGAUUUGCCAAAAAUAAACCAAGAAGAGAAGGAUGCUGCCAGCUUGGCAGACAAAUCCUCCCAUUCCUGCAGCAAUGUGGAGGACACAGCUUCAGAUGUCAGUGAUGCUAUCCCUAUGGACACACUUUCAGCUUGCACAGACGAGAUAGAUCUCCUCUCAAAUGCAUCCAAUGACAGUGGCAGCAGCAACAGCAACAUCAAUGGGCCUCAGAAGCAUAAAGUCAACAGAUGCAAAGGCACAUGCCCAGCUUCCUACACCAGGUUCACUACCAUCCGAAGGCAUGAGCAGCAGCAAGCCAUCAGGAACACUGAUUCCAAAGGAAUCUAUGGGGACAGACACACGCUCCCCAGAAAUGUCUACCUAAUGAGCCCACUUCCCUUCCGAGUGAAAAAGCCCUUCCAGCACAAGUCCAGCAGGACUCCACCCCCAGACUGCCCUGGAGCCCUGGCAGUGCCCAGCCCCCAGAACCGGGAUGACCCCAUACAGCUGCAGGGGAGUGUAGGAGACAAGAGUCAUCACUUCCAGCAUGAGCUGUGCUCCAGAAGCAGGCCUCUAGCCCCCAGGCGCCUGUCUUCCUUUGAUGUUGUGGAGAGGCUUAGCUACUUCCCCAGCAUGGGAUCUAGCCGAGAUAGCUCCAUGGGCCGCUCUGACACUCCUGACUCCUUACACAAUGGGAACCCAAUUCCAUAUGCCCUCUAUCACAGCUUGGACACAAACAACAACCCGCAAAGUGAACUUGGGACGUACCUAGGAGAUUCAGAAUCACCAAGGCAUUUUGCACCAGUUGAUUACAUGGAAACUCCAGAAGAAAUUGUCCGCAGACGUUAUGAUGAUAAAGAGAAACUUUUAGAGGACCAGAGACGGCUUAAACGUGAGCAAGAAGAAGCUGAUAUUGCAGCUAGAAGGCACACAGGGGUCAUUCCAACGCACCAUCAGUUUAUCACUAAUGAGCGAUUUGGGGACCUCCUAAAUGUAGACGAUACAGCAAAGAGGAAAUCUGGGUCAGAGAUGAGACCUGCUAGAGCCAAGUUUGACUUCAAAGCACAGACUCUGAAGGAACUUCCUCUGCAAAAAGGAGAUAUUGUUUACAUUUACAAGCAGAUUGACCAGAAUUGGUAUGAAGGUGAACACCAUGGCAGAGUUGGCAUCUUCCCACGAUCCUAUAUAGAGCUUCUCCCACCAGCUGAGAAAGCUCAGCCCAAAAAGCCAUUACCAUUGCAAGUAUUGGAAUAUGGAGAUGCUAUUGCUAAGUUCAACUUCAAUGGUGAUACUCAAGUAGAAAUGUCUUUCAGAAAGGGUGAAAGGAUCACGUUGAUUCGACGAGUGGAUGAGAACUGGUAUGAAGGAAGAAUCUCUGGCACCAGUCGCCAAGGCAUCUUCCCUGUAACUUAUGUGGAAGUGCUCAAACGGCCAGUGGUCAAGAAUGCCAUUGAAUAUCCAGACCCACCUGUGUCACUCUCCCCUAACCGCAGCGUGACAGCUUCACCACAGUCUCCCAGCUCUGAGCUGCUCCAUACACCAACUCCUCCGCCUUUGCCUUUCUCACGCCAUGCCUUGUCUCCAGAGGUGCAGGCAGUCACAUCCGAGUGGAUUGCUCUGACUGUGGGAGUGUCUCCUAGCACCACUCCUGCCUUAACUGCUCCAUUGCCUUCUCUGCCUGAAGCCUCCCUCUCCCACGCUGACUCUCUCUCACCUCCUACUGUAGCCAGCCCUUCCCCCUCGUUCAGCCUCCCCCAUUCUCAUCUCUCUGGCUCCUCAACUCCGAGGUCCAUUAAAUCCCCCUUGCCCUUUUACUCAUCUGGGCCUCAGCCCUCCGCUCGCAGUUACUACCAGGCUGCUCCGCAAAGCAAAGAGAAGGUUGGUGGCUCCUCUUCUCCCUGCCCUCGCUGGGCAGGCGGGAGCCCUGAGAGCAUCCUCACAGAGCAGCACGGCACCCCUGGCAGCCAGGCCUGGCUCCAGAAGACUAGAGAGGGCAGCAGCAACCCUGAGCAGGGUUCCCAUGCUGCUCCCAACAUCUCUGUGGAGCGCUGUCUGAAACCAUCCCAGCUAGACAUGCGUGCAAGCCCAGAAAGGAGACCUGUGAGUUCCUCUGAGGACAACCAGUUGUGUCAGGAGCUAAUGGCUAUUGUGCAGGGAGGUAAAGCAGAGAAAAGAGGCACGAGGAGAGGUGAUCUGGGAAAGUUUCAAGGCGGGGAAAAGAAGACUGCAGACUCAAAAGCUUUCUCUUCACCUGCUCCUCUCUCUUCCUCUGCCCUCUCUUCCUCUACUGUCACAACACAGCCACCUCCCAGACUUACACGUAGAGUCAAUAAGCCACAGCCUUCCCUCCAUUCAUUGAGAGCUGGACCAGAUCUCACAGAGUCUGAAAAGAGCUAUGUGGAAGCUGUUUGCAAUGAGAUCAUAAACAUUGCAGAAAAGUCUGUGCAUUACUGCAGUACUAUUUCUCAGCCUCUUGACUCUCGCAACAAGGUGACCUCUAAUGACCAUAAACCAUCUCUCAUCAUUUCUCAGCAACCUCAAGCACAGCAGCAAGGAGCCAGCCCUGACAGAAGUCAAACACCACGAGACAUAGUUAGCUACCAAGCUCUGUACAGCUACACUCCUCAGAACGAUGAUGAGCUGGAACUGAGGGAUGGUGAUAUUGUUGAUGUUAUGGAGAAAUGUGAUGAUGGCUGGUUUGUGGGUACAUCCAGGAGAACAAGGCAAUUCGGCACCUUCCCGGGCAACUAUGUGAAGCUUCUGUACCUGUAAAGUAACAGUAAUCCCACAGUGACAGAGAUGGAGCUGUUUUUCAGAUGGUGUUUUUAAACAAUGAAGAAAGAGACAAUUUAUGAAUGUAAUAGACAAGAGAUGAAAAGUGUUAGGAGGAUGUGGUUAUGUGAUACAGUAUUGAGUUGAAUGUGUAGCCCUGCUUCUACUAAUUCAGGGUAUGAUUUGUUUGCUGAAGGAGAGACAGUUUCUAGUUUACAGUGCUGCCUUUGUGUAUUCCUCUCCCCUCCCCAACAAGAGUUCUGGUGAUAACCUUAAUUCGUAUGGAGUACUUUACUUCUGAGAAGGCUUCAGGGAAGCAAAAGGUAUAGGUUUUGUUUGUGUGUUAAGAUAUGACAGUACUUUCAGAAAGUACGUGACCUUGCAGCUUCUCCAUUCACUGGUGAGGUCAGGGAGGCCAGGCUUCCUGCCUUGCUGAAGGCUUACUGUGCUCUGCCUUCCACUCCCAUAGAACUCCCUUCCUUCAUGCCAUGCACCUUAAGACCCCGUAUGGGCAGAGGACAGCCAGUGUGGUUAAACUGCAGAACUCUGUUGAGAAGGAGUUUGGGACUGGAAGUUUAAUCCAGAGGUGUCAGCCAAAGUGUACUGCAGACACUCAAAAAGCCCAAACCCUUUCCUAACACAUUACCCACUUCUGCAAGGUUUUUUUCUUUUGUGCAGGGUGUGUGUGUGUGUGUGAGUGUACUGUGUGCAGCAAAACGAACGGAGUAAUGUUUUUUUAAAGAGAAAACAACCUGGCUUUGACAUUUAUCUGCACAAAGAAUAAAACCAAUAAACAGAACAUCCAUGAGAGCAAAUCCUGUUUAUGAGUCCUACGGCUGUUUGCUUUCUCUGCUCCCCCUUGUUGGCCCAAAAAGAGUUGAAGCAUGCUCUUUGGGAAGAAGGCUUUGCUUCUCUAGCAUUAAAUGUCAGAGGUUCUGAUAACUCUGAGAAACAUGCCUUUGAAGGUGCCUUUUUCUGUUGUUCUUGCAGUGUAGAUGGUAGAUCCAAUAAACACCUGCAUUUCGACUGGCCCUUAGAUCAACAAAAAAGUCUGCUCAGUUUGGAAAGCCGUGUUCACAGCGGUUGUUACCAGUCAUAGAGAUUUGUAUUUCUUUGAGGAAAAAAACGUGGCUUGCCUGUAAAUCCACUACGAAUACUCUUUUGAUAGACACUUUGUUAUUAAGAAGUAUAAACAAAACCGGUUCUAUCAGACUUUGCUUCCUACAGUUACCAUACAAAUAGCAAAAGGUUAGAUUGCUAUUUUGUCAUAAGCCGUAUUUAAUAAUAUAAAAUGCCUAUUUUUAUGCUGAUGCUUUUAUACAGAUUUAUUAAGAGUAACUACAACUAACUGUUAGCACGACUUGCAAUAUGUUUUGAUAAACUAGCCAUGCUCCUGGGUUUGAAAUCAAGUAGGCUUGUCUUCCGUCUCAGUCUGCGGAGGAGAAGACUCAGUGUCUCAGAAGUUUGACUGUAAAUAUGUAUAUUUAACUUUGUACAGACAAUGUACUUACCUUGUAUAGAAAAAUAAUUUAAACGCAUUGAGCGAAGGGAGAAAAAGAAAGGCAGUUGUCAGAGGUUGGGAUUUUAUUCCACUUUUAUUUAAAUGAUGGAAUUCUGUGUGUGUUCAUAUAAAGAGUUUUAGCACAAAAUAUCCACUAUGAAAGAGUUUCAGAUAUGACACUGACCACUGACAGCACCACUGUCUCUUUUCAAUAGGAGAUAUCAUUAAUUCUGCAUCUUAUUUAUGUAUUUUUCUGCUUUGGUUUUUUCUUCCAUUUAUUCGUAGCAAGACAUAGGCUGUUGCUAAGAUUGGAUAGCACCAAAUUAAUCUAUCCAGCAAAGUAACACAAUAAUACUGACUGUAUAUAACCUACUCAUUUAAAGGUUUAUUUUCUGUUCUCGCUCUUGCCAUUUUAAGUUACACACACACACACACACACACACAUCACAACUUAUUUUUGUGUUGAUUUUUGUUCCUUAUUGCAGUGGAUUACUAUUUGGCAAUUAAUAAAUGGAAGUAUUGAAUUAC